CAUUUUGGGAUGCUAUGACGUCACAGCAAUUUAGAAUGAUGCGAUUAAUUUAUUAGAUGACCUUUUGAGUUGUUUUUGUGAAAGUGGCAUAAAUCAACAUUCCACCAGCCACUGAUCUAUAAAGGAGGGAUGGGCCCAGUUGCAUACAUUUGGCCGCUAAGUUAAGACUGCGUCUCACUCACUAGCAAUUAGAUUGGACUAAUCACGUUUUACUUUUCAUAUUAUUAGCCUAAUCUACCUUUUUAUAAAUCUGAUUUAAAGAAGGUAUGACCACUCUUGACGAAAAAAUUUGAUGACUAACUUCUAGACUAGUCUAAGCAGUUUAUCCAAUCGACCCCUGAUCUAUAUGGUAAAAACUAAUGUACAUACUUUGUUAAACGCCAGACCGACAGUGAACACACUAAAAGAUGAUCAUAGAAAUUCUAAAACGUAAACCUAUGACGAAUUUUUUUAAGAUUGUUUGACAAUUAAAAUAUAUAAUUCAGAUGGACAUUUUUCCUUCUGUAAUGGGACAUUAAUUUUUUUAGCUCGUAGCCCAUUUUACAUUAAACGAAGCCAGAUAAGAAAACAGUAAAUAUCUGUCAUAUCAUGAAUACACCUUUGGGCUAUUAAAAUUAAUUUUACAGAGAAACACGCUAUUAAGAUUAUAAUAUAUGACCUACAAACCUAUGAUUUGAAGACGUCAUAAAUGUCUGAAACAAGAUUCGUAGAUGCAUAUAAUUGAGCAAACAUUACAAAAUAUUUCAUUACAUAACGCAGUCAAUAAGAGACCAUCAUAGAGAGGAACUCCUUUCAAAAAGCAUCCCAGGCAGCGGUUGAUAAAAGUUACGUUAGCUAACAGUGUUUUUAAUUGCAAGAUGUCUCAUAUGCAUGCAGUUGUGAUACGUUUACAAUUAUUCCAAAUCUUUGAACGAUAUUAUAUUUAGAUAUUUUUAAUUAAAAUCGUUGCUAAUUAAUCCAUUUAAUAAGUAAAUAACCUCAUGGUGGCUUCAAUACCGAAUACGCGUUAGGGUAAAUGAGCCUUUAUUUUGAUAUAUUUACUAAGUGUAUACUUUAGCCUUGGAAUUUCUUCUUCCCAUCUUCCAAAUAGAUAACUUAGAUGUAUUCCACAAAGUCGGAAAAAACAUCACCUAUAACCCUACUUAACAUUAUGUGAAUUAUUCUGUUCUGAGGUUAAAUUGGUAAUUAAUUUUGACAAGUUAUUUCGCACCUUAAUGAAACAGCAUGUGUAACCGCAAUCUGCUUCUGCAGAAUUGUAGGCCUAAUUACUAGUAGCCUCGUUUCUUUACGUGGAAGUCGCAUGUGCUCCUCACAUCAUACGUUGUCACCUCAAUGCAAAUAACAACUUCAAAAUCUUGCUUGUGGCAGUGCACCGUCGCCCGCCCCCACCAGCGGAAAAAUUCAAUGGCGCUCGUCGCGUGUAUCAAACAACCCACAAGGCCUGUCGCUAGUCCACGGGCAACCUCCUUUCAGCGCGUUCUGCGCAUGCGCCUUUAAGAGAGUCUUCAGGACGGGGUUUGUGUGUUGAGCCCAAAAAACCCGCUUAAACACAAAUGCGACUGAAAUAUGGCUUUUCAUCGAAAUGGGACUUAAACUUCGACUUUCAGUGGAGAUAGGGAUUCGCGAGACAAACGCCCAGUCUUCUUUUUGUUGCUCUUUGUGUUGUGGCGGUAGAUGGUAUCCAGCGAGUUGUAUCUGCCAGAGGAAGACGACGACUCUGCGAGUACUAUGAAGGAGAUGAUCGGAGGUUGCUGCGUCUGCUCGGAUGAGAGAGGCUGGGCCGAAAACCCUCUAGUCUACUGCGACGGUCACGGGUGUAAUGUUGCCGUCCACCAAGCCUGCUAUGGAAUUGUCCAAGUCCCCACAGGCCCCUGGUUCUGCAGAAAAUGUGAAUCACAGGAGCGAGCUGCCAGGGUGAGAUGUGAGCUGUGUCCCCACAAAGAUGGAGCACUGAAACGAACAGACAAUGGAGGUUGGGCCCAUGUGGUUUGUGCUCUUUACAUCCCAGAAGUUGAGUUCGCCAAUGUUUCCACCAUGGAGCCCAUCGUGCUUCAGUCUGUCCCUCAUGAACGUUAUAACAAGACCUGCUACAUCUGUGAGGAACAAGGCCGAGAGAGCAAAGCUGCUACUGGAGCCUGCAUGACAUGUAACAAACAUGGCUGCCGACAGGCAUUUCACGUCACAUGUGCUCAGUUUGCUGGGUUGUUGUGUGAAGAACAGGGUUCAGAUGCUGAUAAUGUGAAAUACUGUGGAUACUGCAAAUACCAUUACAGCAAACUGAGAAGGAGCAAAUGCCUUGGUAGUAGGGCUCAAAGCUUAAGUGAUUCUUCCACUCACUCUUUGGAUAAGCACCAUGACAUGGAAAAGAAGAAACAUAAAGAAAGAGAUCGGCAUAAACCAAAGCACAAAAAGGCUUUGGAGCUUUCGCCAUCACUGGUACCAGCUCUGAUGUUGAGCUCUGAGAAGAGCUACAACAGCAGCAGUGGAGGAAGCGUCUCCUCCAUCUCUUCCGCUCAGAAGCGACUGGACGACAGCGGAGGCCGCUUCACCAAUGCCAACUUCCAGGAAGUUCCAUCUCACUCCAGUUCCAGUUCAAAGGACGGCGGGUCCUCUGAUGGCAAGAGCUCCGAGGGAAAAACCAAGAAGUCCAGCAGUCACGGCACCGGCUCCAGCUCCGGGUCCAGAGGCCGCAAGUCCGUGCCGGGUAAACCCCACGGCCCCGUGGUCACCACGGCAACUUCAUCCACCGUCCCCUCCUCUUCCAGUCCGUUUCAGCAAGGUCUUUUAUUAGGCAGCAGUACUAAAUCAGUCUCCAGUGGAUCUGUGGUCCAGCCCACGUCUGACUUUCUCAGUUUCUCUGAUGCCACCCUAAGGACCAGCGAGUCCUACACUCCUUCCUUCGGCCGUUCACUCUUGAAGAGUGGUUCAGAAGGUGGAGCCUCUGAGGGCAUGGUGGGUCUCAGCACCUUCAGCAUGUUGUCCCAAAGCUCCAGCUCCGGCAAGCAUUACGAAAACUGUCACCCCGUCGGAGAGCUCGGGGGCCUGACCGCAGCCAGCUACAAACGCCCCCAACCCUCCUCCUCGUCUUCCUCUGCAACCUCAUCUUCCUCCACUGGCGAAGACGGUGUGAAGAAGAAGAAACGGGGGAACUGGAAGAACCGAUACGGACCGUGCUACACCUCCCAGGAUGGUAAAACCACAGACACGGGAGAACACGGAGCGGCACUGCCCUCAUCCACCUCCCCUUCGCCGUCCUCCAUGAGCACAUUGGGCGGCCGCGGAAGCGCUGUCAGCAGUACAGGAUGUGUGGGAGCAGGGGGUGCCGGUAGCAGUAGUUUGGGGAUUCAGAAGUCCCCAUCUCUCCUCAGGAAUGGGAGCUUGCAGAGUAUGACUGUCAGGUCCCCACCUGCUGGACCAGGCUCGUAUUCCAGCAGUAGCGAUGUAGCUUGCCCGGUGCCGAGCGCAGUGCUCGGAGGGUCUCUGUCUGGAUCCAACUCUGAUCCAGUACCGACUCAUCAGUCAGUGGUCACUUCCAUGCCCACUCUCACCUCACUCCCCACGGCUGCCCAGUUCACCAGCACCUCAUCCACACACUCAAGCUUGCUACCGGGAUCCUUCAACUUGGCGCCAUCUCACAUGUUUGGAAACAGGCUGAACCCGAAUUCAGCCAUGGCUGCCCUGAUCGCCCAAUCCGAAAGCUCCCCAGCAGAUCAGGAACUGGGGGACGGAGCUCUCGGCUUCUCCAGAAGAGGAAACUCACCAAAGGCAAACCUCUCCCCUCGGUCUCCGUUAAGUGGCCUGCAUAUCCGGUAUGACUCGUCAGGACCAUUGGUUUCAGGGCAUGGCUCCGGUACAGAUUCACUGCCCCCUGCAGCCACCAGCAUCGACCAGCUGCUGGAAAGACAAUGGAAUGAAGGACAACAGUUCCUCUUACAACAGGGUUCACAGGAAGAUGUGCUGGGAAUGCUGAAAUCCCUGCACCAGCUGCAGGUUGAAAACAGACGCUUGGAAGAACAGAUCCGAACUCUGACCAUGAAGAAGGAAAGACUGCAGCUCUUGAGCGCUCAACUCUCCGUGCCUUUUACCCCCACGAGCACCACAGCCACCACUGCCUCCUCUCCUCUAUACCCCGGCAACACUCACACAGACAUGCUGCACAGCAAGAACAUUCAGCUAGGCAGCAGUGUUUUAACAGACUCCUCUCAACCCUUGCCCUCUCAGGAUCCCCUGUCUGGUGGCCAUAGUAGCGGAAGUAGCACGUCCUCUCUCUCCACCCCCCCUUCUGCGGCACACAGUCCCCCCCAGCAGCAGGUCAACGGUGUCGGCAUGGCCGGGAUGGGCGUCCAGCCUGGCAAUGCCAACUCGUCUCUGCCUGCCAUAGCUGGGGUGACGGGUCUGAUGGGCGCUCUACAGGGGAACCACCUGACCAUGAGUGGAAUCGUGGGUGCCCUGAACGGAGUGAUCCAGAGUUCCCCCAGCCUGACCCAAAACACCAGCUCGCUGACCACCCAUCCCUCAAUAACAAGCGCUUCUUUGCCCAACAGCCUCAAUAACAGCAGCGGGACCACUGUGAAAACCAGUGCGGCGAGAAUUCUGACGGAGCAACACAGGCAGAUCCUGCUCCAUCAACAUCAACUGCAGCAGAUCUUCAGCUCCCAGCAACCCACACACGAACAGCAGCAGGUUCUGCUCUAUCAGUUAAUGCAGCAGCAGCAAAAACAACAGCAGCAGCAGAAUGACGUACAGCUGCCCAUCAACAGCCUGCUGCCCGGCACCCAGCCAACCAUAUCCAACAACCCCUUCCUCGCCAUGCACGAUGGCAACACUUCCAAAACUGGACGGCUGGGAGACAAGGCUGUAUCACUGACAGGGCAGGAGAAGACCUGAUGCAGAAGAAAAGAUUGUGGAGCUCCGCCUUAUGGAUCUUUCUCAUCAGCGCAUCCCAAGAGGCCCUGCUAUCUGAGCAACAAGACCAGAAUUUUCACCCACUUCACGAAACUCUUUCAAGCACCAGCCUUGAUAUCUACACACACUUGCCAGUUUGAUGCCCAUCUGGCAAAAAACAUGUUGCACUGAGUUUGAGUAAAUCACUUGCUGUAAACUUUACGGUCCCAUGGGGGCCAGACGACUCACAAACAUAUGUGCGCACACACGUGGUCUCUCUCACCCUGCCAGUGUGCUGAAAAUGACACUUACAUGGUGUGAGUUGCUGUGGGCGCUAGGUCUUGGAUGAGAACUGAAGUUGUCGGAUGGUUCAUGGAGGAUGGUCUGCUAUCUGCUUGUGGAUCAGUAUCUGUUCCACUGUUACCUCUCUUUACCCCUUUAACAAAAAGAAAACAUAAUUUCAUAAAACCCGUCGUAUUUGUCUGUGUGUAUGAAUAACGCGGUCAAAUGUGUUCGAUCGGAUAUUUGUGCACCAUGAAGGCCUUCUGCAUUCUGAUCUUCAGCUUCCCUGUGAGGAGGCAUUCCAAAGGUCCACAAACUGUCUCUUUGACCCUGCUGCACUCUUUGAAGAGCAACUACCUCUCAAGGCAGGACACACAAACCAGGCCCUAACCCAAGUGCCUGGCUCCGUUUUCCAAGCUGUCAGGGGGCGCCACGCGCUGGAGACGCUGCCAGCCUCUCCCUGUUUUUUCCUCCCUCCAGUUGAUCCAUUUGUAUGAAAUUGGUACCAAUCAGCGUUGCUCAGGCAAUACUUGUUCAGAGCCUGUACAGUGACUACACUGAAACCUGUCUGAUUUCGAAUGUUUGUGCUGCAUUGAUCAUUUUUGGAGCCAACUUUAUAGUUCAUUUUUUAUUUAUUUGCAUUGACUGCAUUUUGGGCGGAAGUAACCUAUUUUUACGCCCAACUCGCGGAAUGUUUUUAUACUACUGUUAAAAAAAAGAUCUCGGCUCCUUUGAGUCUUGUAAACUCAUCAUUUUGAUGUCUGGUGUUUGAAGUUAUGAAAAAAGAAAAAACCCUACUUGACGAUGAAAUUUUCUUGUAAAUACGCCUGGUUUCUUUGUUGCUAUGUAAAUGAACAGAUGCAUAUUGGAUUAAGAAUAAGCUGUCAGAAUAAAUAAGGUUUAGUUAGCACAGUUUUACCUCUUAUUUUGUUGUAAAUAAAUAUUUGUGAUUCACUUAGUGGUGUGAAGGACUGUUUUAAAGCACUGUUAGUGAGAUCCGAUUUUUUUCUCAAGUUUUCGACAAGACUGGUGACUGGAUAAAGUGUAUUAAUUUAUUUUUGUAUGUGCAGGGGCGUUUUUCAUUUUGCACCAUUUUAUUGAUGUGGUUUUAUAUUCCAUUAUAGAUGUGGUAUGUCCACGCUCUCAUGUAAAUGUACAGAAAUUAUGCAGAAUCUCUAAAGUUUGUAUUUAAACGGCGAAAGUGAACCCACAAAUCCUGCUUCGUAUUAAGAAAUUUUGAACACUGAGAUUGUAGUGUUGCGCUUUUUUCAGUGAUAAAUUAAAAUCUCUUUAUUACAAUG